AUGGUGGCUAAGACUCAAAUUGAUUAUCUUCUCCUCAGGAGGUGUGAUAAGGGGUUGUGCGAGGAUAGUAAGGUGAUCCCGAGUGAAAACCUCGCGACACAGCAUAGGCUUCUGGUGAUGGACGUCGGUAUCUUGAUAAAGAGGAAGAAGAGGUUUGUACGGGGGCAAUCGAGGAUCAGGUGGGGAGUCUUAACUAAGGAAAAUGCGCAGGAGUUGGAGGGAAGGUUGGCCGCUAUGGGAGCUUGGAAGAGUGGUGGGUAUGCUAGCGGAACUGGGGGUAAAGGUGAGGACAAGAAGUUAUUUCGGCUGGCUAAAGCGAGAGAGAGGAAGGCUCGUGAUCUGGAUCAAGAGAGAUGCAUCAAAGACGAGGAAGGUCGGGUAUUGAUGGAAGAGGCCCAAAUUAAGCAGAGGUGGCAGUCGUACUUUCUUAGACUUCUGAAUGAAGAGGGGGACAGAAACAUCAUGUUAGGGGAGUUGGGGCACUCCGAAAGUCACCAAGACUUUAGGUACUGUAGGCGUAUUAAGGUGGAGGAGGUCAUGGGAGCAAUGCGUAAGAUUAGUCGGGGCAAAGUGAUCGGACCAGACGAGAUUCCAGUUGAAUUAUGGAGAAGUUAUCCAUCUUAUCAGGAGGUUGAUGGAACUAGGAAGAGGGAUCUGCACAAGGUGUUCAUUGAUCUAGAGAAGGCGUAUGACAAGGUCCCUAAGGACGUUCUUUGGAGAUGCCGGGAGGUGAAGGGUGUGCCGGUAGCUUAUAUUUGGGUGAUAAAGGAUUUAUAUAAUGGAGCUAGGACUCGG